AUGUCGCUUUACGAGCUAUCAUUACAUCAAUUAUGCGAAACGAUCGACGAAAGUACAAUGCGAUAUGUGUUAAAACAAGCAUCGCCAAAAAUCUGUGCAGAUGUCUUAUGGCUGUUAUUAGAUGACCCACUUGAACAAUGUCCAGUUGAUAGAGGAUGUGAAAUGGCUCAAAUUCGUUCAGACCAUAUUGAAUAUACUAAUUCAUGUUUUGAGUUAACCACUGAAAAACUUGAAGAAUUUGGAAAAACUCAAGAAAUUAAAUGUUAUGGACAAUUUGUUUGGCCUACUUUAAUUGACCAAGAAUUAUUCUUUAAAUUAGCUGAAAUCCCAGACCUGCGAGACAGACUGUUUCCUUUAUUACAGGUUUGUGUACUAAUCCGAAAUUUUUUUGGCGAUGCUGGCUGGUUCAAUGAAAGUGCCCUAGUCUUAAAACACACGUAUAAAAUAAUAACUACAAAAUGGGUUUGUCAGGACCAAAAUUUACGACUUCUCAAAACCAUUGAAUGUCUUACCAAGUGGUUAAUGGUUACAUCAAAAUCUCAAAAUUUUAAUAAUGCUAAAAUAGUUUUACAACACUUGCUUUACACUAUCAAUGUCAUUGAACAAAUAGUAGAAAGAAAAUUAUGUUUAUCAUACGCGUAUGUAGCGGUUUCGCAAUACCAUCUAAUAUUAAUGGAAUUUGAUGAGACUUGGUCAUGGGCAGUUAAAGCUAUCCUUGAACUUCAAGAAGAUAAUAAAAUCUUGAAAGUUAUGGUUUUAAGUCAUGCCGUUAAAGUUGCUUCUAUAAAAGACAAACUAAAUAUAGUAAAAAAGUUAAGACGUCAAUUAAGUACUUACACACCCACAAACAUUCGUGAUAAUAUUUAUAUUGAUAUAUUACGGAAUGAAGGAUUUUACUAUAGUGAAAUAGGUUCUACAAAUGAUGCCAGUAAAAGUUAUUAUAGAACACUAGAUUUCACACGAAAUGUAUAUGGUUACUACAAUUUAAAUACUGCAUUGGUUCUUGUUGAAUAUGCACUUGUCUGUUCUAAGUUUGAUAUAUGUGAUUUUGUAGAUAAAAACAAUGAAUCUAUGCGAUGCAUACUACAAGCUAUAUUCAUCAUGAACGCGAUUGGUGUACCAGAGGACAAUAUGUUGUUAAAGAAUGCUUAUGUGAUAAAAGCAAAAAUAUUAGAAGAAACAGCAGAUCAAAUAGAUCUUAGUAAUGAUAUAGAUGGAUUACUGGCACUGUGGAAGCGUGGGUUAUUACAAAAAUCUCAUUAUUUUCAUUCAAAUGGUUUAAAGAGUAUUAUACAAUUAGUUGGAGAAAACUCUUUGCUUGCAGCAAAUUCAUACAUGUCUAUAGGAGUUAAUUUUACGAAUCAGGAAAAAUAUUUUCUAUCCGAAGAAGUACAUAAAAAAGCAAUUGAAAUCUAUAAAUCAAUUUUAGGGGAAAACCACUUUAAUUUUGCUGUAUCUUUAGAUUAUUUGAGUGAUUUGUACACAUCUUCUAAAAAAGAUCAAAUUUAUUACUGUUUACUGAUGAAGCAAAAAUUUUUAAGACUAUUCAUUUUAAAUCAGACAUUAUGCUUCUACGAUCAGAUUUAA